AUGGUGGCGCACGGCGGCUUCCUGCUGCGCGCCCUGGCGCUGCUGCUGUGGGGCGCUUGGGACGCCGCCGAGCCCGCGGAGCGCGGAGACCCGGAGCUGCGCCUGGAGGCGGAGGCCUUCCUGGAGAAAUACGGCUACCUCAAUGAGAAUGUUCCCAGAGCUUCAGCCUCCACUCGAUUCAGCAAUGCGCUCAGAGAGUUCCAGUGGGUGUCGCAGCUCCCUGUCAGUGGUGUGCUAGAUGGGCCCACGCUGCGCCAGAUGACACGUUCCCGCUGCGGGGUGGCAGACACUGGCAGUCAUGCAGCUUGGAGGGAGAGGAUCAGUGCCCUGUUUGCUGGACCCCGGGCCAAAAUGAGGCGCAAGAAACGCUUUGCCAAGCAAGGUCACAAAUGGUACAAGCAGCACCUCUCCUACCGCCUGGUGAACUGGCCUGAGCACCUGCCUGAGUCGGCCGUUCGAGGGGCCGUGCAUGCUGCCUUCCAGUUAUGGAGCAACGUCUCAGGACUGGAGUUCUGGGAGGCCCCGGCCACUGGCCCUGCUGACAUCCGCCUCACCUUCUUCCAAGGAGACCACAACGAUGGGCUGAGCAAUGCCUUCGAUGGUCCAGGGGGCGCUCUGGCGCACGCCUUCCUGCCCCGCCGCGGGGAAGCGCACUUCGACCUAGACGAGCGCUGGUCCUUGAGCCGCCGCCGGGGGCGCAACUUGUUCGUGGUGUUGGCACACGAGAUCGGCCACACGCUGGGCCUCACCCACUCGCCCGCCCCCCGCGCCCUCAUGGCGCCCUACUAUAAGAGGCUGGGCCGCGACGCGCUGCUCAGCUGGGACGACGUGCUGGCAGUGCAAAAUCUGUAUGGGAAGCCCCUGGGGCGCUCAGUGGCCAUGCAGCUCCCUGGAAAACUGUUCACUGACUUUGAGGCCUGGAACCCACACAACUCCCAGGGCAGGCGCCCUGAAACACGGGGUCCUAAAUAUUGCCACUAUUCCUUCGAUGCCAUCACAAUAGAUGGGCAACAGCGACUGUACAUCUUCAAAGGGAGCCACUUCUGGGAGGUAGCCGUUGAUGGCAAUGUCUCAGAGCCCCGCCCACUACAGGAAAGGUGGACUGGACUGCCCCCCACUAUUGACGCUGCUGCCGUGUCACUGGAGGAUGGGGACUUCUACUUCUUCAAAGGGAGUCGAUGCUGGAGGUUCCAGGGGUCCCAGCCGGUGUGGAAGUCUUCACAGCUGUGCCGAAGAGGAGGCCUGCCCCGCCACCCAGAUGCAGCCCUCUUCUUCCCUCCUCUGCGACGCCUCAUCCUCUUCAAAGGUGCCCGCUACUAUGUGCUGACCCAAGGUGGGCUGCAAGUGAAGCCCUACUAUCCUCGCAGCUUGCGGGACUGGAGUGGAGUCCCUGAGGAGGUCAGCGGGGCCUUGCCCAGGCCUGAUGGCUCCAUCAUCUUCUUCAGAGAUGACAGCUAUUGGCUCCUUGACCAAGCUAAACUGCAAGUGACCACCUCAGGUCGCUGGGCCACAGAGCUGCCUUGGAUGGGCUGCUGGAAUGCCAACUCAGAAGGUGCCCUGUUCUGAUGGCACUUGACCACUGAAUGAACCACUGGUGCCUUCUGGACCAACUUUUUUUCCCUGCCCUAGGGGCAGA